CAAAUAAACGCACGCAUAUCAAAGGCAGCCAUAAAACGAAUCCAGAAACCAAUUGCAGCUUCAGUUAAGUGCUAACGCUCAGGCAGUCAAGUUGUCAGUCGCUCAAUUGCAGCUCUUCAAUAUGGCCAAUCCCAAUGCGCAGCCCAAGUACACAAAACUGUUUAUCAACAACGAAUUCGUUGAUGCCGCUUCGGGCAAAACCUUUGCUACCCACAAUCCGGCAACGGGCAAGGAGAUCAUCCAGGUGGCCGAAGGCAAUAAGGCUGAUGUCGACCGAGCUGUGGCUGCCGCCAAGAAGGCCUUUCAUCGCGGCUCCGCCUGGCGUCAAAUGAGUCCGCUGCAACGCACCAAUCUGAUGAACAAACUCUGUGAGCUGAUGGAGCGCGACAAACAGUUUUUGGCCAGCAUUGAGACCCAGGACAACGGCAAACCCUUUGCGGAGGCACUCUUCGAUGUGACCAUCUCGGUUAUGACGCUGAAGUAUUACGCUGGCUGGACGGACAAGUUCUUUGGUGACACCAUACCCGCUGGUGGUUUCGUUGCGAUGACACGCAAGGAGCCAGUUGGCGUUGUCGGUCAGAUAAUACCCUGGAAUUACCCACUGUUGAUGUUGGCCUGGAAAUGGGGUCCCGCAUUGGCCGUUGGCUGCACCAUUGUCAUGAAGCCCGCCGAGCAGACGCCGCUCACAGCCUUGCACAUGGCCGCACUGGCCAAAGAGGCGGGUUUCCCGGCGGGCGUCAUCAAUGUUAUAAAUGGCUUUGGACCCACCGCUGGCGCCGCCAUCAGUGAGCACCCGGACAUUGCCAAGGUGGCGUUUACCGGCUCCGUUGACAUUGGACGCAUUGUUAUGCAGGCGGCAGCCACAACGAAUCUGAAGCGCGUCUCUCUGGAGCUGGGCGGCAAAAGUCCCGUCGUCGUGUUCGAGGAUGCGGACAUUGACUAUGCUGUGGAGACCGCCCAUGAGGCGCUCUUCUCCAAUCACGGCCAGAGUUGCUGCGCCGGCAGUCGCACCUAUGUGCACGAGAAGAUCUACGACAAGUUUGUCGAGAAGGCGGCCGCCAAGGCCAAGGCACGCACCGUGGGCAAUCCCUUCGAGGAGAACACUCUGCAGGGCCCCCAAAUCGAUGAGGAGAUGAUGACCAAGGUAUUGGGCUACAUUGAGAGCGGCAAGCAGCAGGGCGCCAAGCUGCAGGCGGGCGGCAAGCGUAUUGGCAAUGUGGGCUACUUCAUCGAACCGACCGUCUUUUCCGACGUCAAGGAUGACAUGCGCAUUGCCCAGGAGGAGAUCUUUGGACCCGUUCAGUCCAUCUUCAAGUUCAGCUCCAUCGAGGAGAUCAUUGAGCGUGCUAACAGUGUGCAAUACGGCCUCGCCGCCGGCGUCAUCACCAACGACAUCAACAAGGCCAUGAAGUUCGCCAAUAGUGUCGACGCCGGCUCCGUUUGGAUCAAUUGCUAUGAUGCCGUCCUACCGCAAACACCCUUCGGUGGCUACAAGCACUCCGGCAUUGGUCGCGAGCUAGGCAAGGACGGUCUGGACAACUAUCUGGAGACCAAGACAAUUACCAUGAAGCUUCUGUAGGGUGGACAGCAUCUGGUCCUUUUUGUUUUUUGUUUGUAUAUGGAAUAUUUGUAUUUUAUUUGCACAUUCUGGCUUUAUGGUUAGACUAUUGCAUUUCAAUUAAAACUAUUUGUCGAAAACUAAAA